UUGUUCAAAUAGGUUUCUAUUUUCAGAUAGAAAAUGUCCCUUGGGCAGAAUCCUUCUGAUGUUGAAAAAAAUACUAACGAACCCUACUUGGAGGCUGAAGAGAUCGGCCUCGAGGUUCAAGAACCCAAGAAAGAAGAGGCUGUAAUCCAACCUGAAUUCGACAAGGCUGACCUCGAGGCCGAGAUUCAGGAACUGAGGGACGAAAAUCUUUAUCUCUCUCAGAAUAAUGAUGUUAUGAAGAGCUUGAAGAAAGAGAACAAGAGGUUAAGGAAAAUUAUCCGCCUGAGCAAGAAGGACGCGGAGCGGAAACAGAAGAAGAGAGAAGAGAAACAUUCAGAAAAGAGAAAGGAUGAAAUCGAAGAAAUACUGAAGGAAUUGGUGGACAAGAAGCUAGAAGAGGUUAGGAAGAAGAUUGCAGAAUUAGAGGAGGCGAUAGAAUCUCACGCGGUUAAGUUAGAAGAGCUGGAGGUCUCAUUACGUCAAAACAUCCUGGCGGAGGUUCAAGGGAUGGUGGCCUCUAUGGUGAGGGAGCGUAUGUCUUCCAUGAACGCUGACCUCAAGAAUAAGAUCAUUGACCUCGAGGAUAAGGAGAAGGUGCACGCCAAGACGACGGAGGACGCAAUGUUUAGAUUGGAGUUAGUCACGCGUAAACUGGAAAUGAUUGAAGGAGAAUUUGAGAACGUGAAGCGUAAAAUUGGAUUUUAUCUUCUCAGCGCCGCGGAACCAGCAGCGGUUGAGUCCCCACUGAAGAAGAUUAAAAGAUUGUAGAAGUUGUCAUAUUCGGUUGAAAAAUUUAGAACAUCUCUGUGAUACUAGAAAUGUGAGCUUCUCAAAAAUGUACCGUCUUUUCUGUCUAAACAACUACUCAAUGAUCUCAAUCUAAAGAUGUAUUUUUGAUAAAAGAUUUUAAUUAUUUCAGA